CUAUACAAAAAUGGCGGCUGCCACAAAUAAAAGGCAAAUUAUUAAAGAGAACGGCAAAAACGCGCAUUUGGUUGAGCAGUCAUUGCCUUCCAAGUCUUUGGUAGCUUUUCGGCAAAUUACCUCCGUCAAACCAGGCAUCGAUGCAUGCCGUCGUCAACAUCGAUUUGGGGGCUCUAGCCAGGCGGAAAUGGCCAGCUGGGACCGCCCUGAUGAAAAGAGUAAAGAAAAAGGGACGAUUGAAAAGGCCCACCCCAAGGGACAAAAACAACAAAAAGAGCAGCUAAAAAAGAAUUCCUCAACAACAACUAGUAGUAUUGGCUUUUAUAGUAGUAAAAUAUCCAACCGAGUUUUGCCCACCACUUAUUCAUCUUCUUCAUCUCCCUCUCUUUCAAUUUCUUCUGUUUCUUCGUCUUCGGUCUAUUCUACUCCUUUUUCUUCCAAAAACAACUCAAAUUGCCAGCCAAUUUCAAAUUAUUUGACAAAGGAGUCUUCAAUGGUAGAAGAAAAAGCAUCAGAAGAGAAACAAGAAAUAUUUAAAAAUAAAAUGAUUGAAAAUCAAAAACUUGUAUCAAUAGAGGAAAAUGGAGGAAAUUCGACAAUUCAAAAUGGAAUUGCCAAACAGAACGGGAAAGGGGAAUAUGAAGGAUUAAUAUUAUAUUAUCAACGUUCAAGAUCGCAAUCACCGCCUUGGUUGGGGCCUAAAAAGAAGCGUUGUGCCCCAAAAUUGAACACACAGGAACGCUUGUUCGGCUCGCCAUUGCCUGAAACUCCAAAAAAGAAGGUAAUCGAGAAACAUCGGUCAACAAUUUUUGAUACUUCAGCUCCUAGUUCACCUUCAAGAACUCCAAAGAAAUGUGUUCCAAUAAUAGAAAGAAAUCCAAUAACAGGCGAAAUUAAAAUACCAAAGAAUAUUACAAUGUAA